CGUGAUAACAACAGAACGGGAUGGAUGCAACUGGAUAUAUCAAAACAAAAAAUUGUGAAGCAAUUGGAAAAAUUCUCUCAAAUUUCACUUCUAGGGCAUCAUUUCAGAAGUGUUUCCUACAAAAUUAGCUGCAGCUAAAUGUGCUUUUACUUCAUUCUUGAUCGUAAUAAGCCACGGUGCUCUCAAAUUUCCAGAAAUCAGCACUUCCAGUUUCCAAUUCAACUUCAUCGUCAUUGUUAUUGAAGAGUCUCUGAUUCCUCUGGUUGAUGAUUUUGACAACAUUGUUUAAGAUUCGGGAAGUUCUGGAGGUCAAUUUCUUAUUCUUUUCUUCUCUUUAUAAGUUAUUUUGAUUUAGUCUUGUAUUUAUGGUGUCCAAAUCCAUUGGCUUCGUAAACCCAUUUCUUCCUAAUAGGAUCACCUCGUCUUUCUUCACUAAUUCUUCCAUUUUAACCUAUUCAACACAACCAAAUCUUAAUUAUGAUUCGGCCUGUGGAUUUUCUCAUUAUGCAAUUAUCAAUGCUUCUCUUCAAUCUCAACCAUUAGAACAAUCCCUUCACAAUUUUAAACUAAUGGUCCUUAAAGGGUAUUGUCCCAGUUCAUCCUCUUUCAAUAAUGUGUUGGGUCAACUUGCUAAAUCAGGCAAUUUGCAUAGAACUUGGUGGUUUUUCUCUGAAUUUUUGGAGAGGACUCAGUUUGAUGUGUAUAGUUUUGGGAUUACGAUUAAAGCCUUUUGCGAAAAUGGAAAUAUAAGCAAAGGUUUUGAUCUUUUGGCUCAAAUGGAAAGGAUGGGCUUGUCUGCUAAUGUUGUUAUAUACACUAUCUUGAUUGAUGCUUGUUGUAAAAAUGGUGACAUUGAACAAGCUAAAGUAUUGUUUUCUAGGAUGGAUGACCUUGGUUUGGUUGCUAAUCAUUAUACUUAUACUGUCAUGAUUAAUGGAUUUUUCAAGAAAGGAUAUCAGAAAGAUGGUUUUGAGCUUUAUGAGAAGAUGAAGCUUGUUGGGGUGUUACCCACUUUAUAUACUUACAACAGUCUUAUUAAUGAAUAUUGUAGGGAUGGGAAGUUGAGCCUUGCAUUUAAGUUGUUUGAUGAAAUGUCUACAAGAGGGGUGUCAUGUAAUGUAAUCACAUACAAUAUUCUAAUUGGUGGGUUAUGUCGUAAGAGACAAGUUUCGAAAGCUGAAUGGCUGUUAGAACAAAUGAAACAAGCUCAUAUAAAUCCAACUACUAGAACAUUUAAUUUGUUGAUAGAUGGGUUGUGUAACACUGGAAAGUUGGACAAAGCCUUAAGUUACUUUGAUAAGAUGAAGUUGAUUGGUCAGUCUCCAACUUCUGUGACCUACAAUAUUUUAAUUGCGGGUUUCUCUAAAGUAGGAAAUUCGUCUGUGGUUUCGGAGUUAGUGAGAGAGAUGGAGGAUAGAGGCAUUUCUCCCUCUAAAGUGACAUAUACAAUUCUGAUGCAUGCGUUUGUCCGAUCCGAUGAUGUAGAGAAAGCCUAUGAGAUGUUUCGUCUCAUGAAGAAAAUUGGUUCAGUCCCUGAUCAGCAUACAUAUGGUGUCCUAAUCCAUGGUUUAUGUAUGAAAGGUAAUAUGGUAGAGGCAUCAAAACUGUACAAAUCAAUGGUAGAGAUGCAUUUGGAGCCUAAUGAUGUUAUCUAUAACACAAUGAUAAAUGGAUACUGCAAAGAGUGCAACUCUUACAAGGCCUUAAAGUUUCUUGAAGAGAUGGUUAAAAAAGGAGUAACUCCAAGUGUGGCUAGUUACAGUUUCACCAUUGCAGUCCUCUGCAACGAAGGGAAGUCGACCGAGGCAAAACAUUUACUUAAAGAGAUGAUUGAAGCUGGGUUGAAGCCGUCGGAAUCUCUCUGUUGUAAAGUUGGUUAAGCCAAAUCCUGUGUACAAAAAUAAAAAUAAGAACAAAGGCACUUUCAAUGAGACAAAAGGUAGAUAGAAGAUUGAGAUGCUAUUAUGGGAAAUCUGUGGUGUCUUGAAUUGAAAGCUAAAUUUCAGAAAAAAUGUCAUUUUGGUUUGUGUACUGUGAGAUUGGUUCAAUUUUAGUCUAUAUUUUUAAAU